AGCGUGCCCGCCGCCCGCGAGGUGAUGGAGCCGGUGCCAGCGGCCGCGCCCUCGCCGGAGGAGUGGCCGUGUGCCGCCGGGGUGUCCGAGCACCUCCGGGGGGAGGAGGCGCGGCCGCCGGCCGCCGAGGCACCUCAGCUCUUGGAGGUGCCUGGCUCUUUCGGCGCCACCUCCACGCGCCCGGCAGGGUCUCCUCCAGUGCCUCGCGGCGGCCGCAGCGGGUCUCAGUGACGAGCGAGUGCUCGGUGUCGUUUGACCUCGCUGUGCAGCGGUCCUCCUAUCACGCACCCUCGGAGCUGGCGUUGACGCCUCCGCCCCUGGAUCUGGGCGAUGAUUCUGUGCUGGACGGUUCAGAGUCUCCUGCCUCUCCAGGGACGUCUCACGACUUAGGUGGCUCCGAGCCGCCGUCCACGCGGCGCCGCAGCCUCCGCAACAGCCGCACCGACUGGUCGCUCCCGGGCGAGCUCCGCUUCGAGGGCUCGGACGAAAGGCCGGGGGCGCUGUCGCGGAUCAUCGGGGCUGGUUUCGGGGGCAUGAAGGCAGCCAGGGAGCUCAAGGACGACUUCCGCGUGACGGUCAUCGACUGCAAGAGCUACUUUCAAUACGGGCCUGGCAUCUUGCGCUCCUUUGUAGACCUCGAGCACUUCGACACUGUCGUCUUCCCGCUGCGGCCGAUCCUGGAGGGGGACAUGGGCUGCACGUUCGUCUGGGGGGAGGUGAGCAGGAUAGACGCCAGGAGCCAGACGGUGCACUUCCACCGGCUGGAGGAGUUCUGCGGCGACGAGGAGAGGCGCUGGCGACCAGACAAUGUCACCUCCUUCCCCUCCAGGAAGAGCCGCAUCACCGACGUCAUCGAGUUCGACUACUGCAUCAUCGCCGCGGGGUGCAGCUACAACAAGCUGAAGGAGUCCCGAGGCGCCUCGCUGUGGUUCCCCACCGUGCUGAGCACGCACCGGGGCGCCUCGGCGUGGUCGCACGUGGACGAGCGGACCCUGGAGGGGCGCCGCCAGCACAUCGCGGAGGAGCACGAGAAGCUGAGGGCGAUCAACCGGGAGAAGGGGACCGCCUUGGUGGUCGGCGGAGGCUUCAUCGGCGUCGAGUGGUCCAUGGAGAUCAAGGCCGUGUUCGAGGACGUCAAGGUCGUCAUCGUGAACCGCCCGCAGGAGAUCCUGGUCCGCUGGCCCAAGCGGGCGAUCCGGUACGCGCAGGCCGCCCUGGACCGCACGGUGGGCCUCGAGUGCCGCUUCGGGACGGUGUACGACCCGGACGACCCCGAGGUGCUCCAGAAGCUCGGCCUCGACUCGGAGCCCAGCGCCGUCUACGCGUGCACGGGCGUGCAGGCCUCUGUGACGUUCAUCCCCGAGGAGUGCCUCACGCUGCCCGGCGAGCUGGGCGAGCUGCGCCACGGCCACGGCUGGGUGCGGGUGAACCGGCAGCUGCAGGUUGUGACCCGGGCCGCGGACGGCGCGCUGACGCCAUGGUGCCAGGACGGGGAGGGUCACGCGCGCGUGUUCUCGGUCGGAGACUGCACGUUCGUCUCGGGGCUCAAGCCGAUGCCGAAGCAGUGCUACCCCGCGGAGGAGCAGGGCUUCAUCGUGUCCCGCAUCAUCCAGAUGACCGAGGCGUCGGUCCGGGGCGAGCCCGAGCGGCCGCUGGGCUGCGGCCCCCCGCGCCCCCUGCCCGACUGCCACUGGCCCUGGGGCGCGGGCAUGGUCGUGCUGUCCCUGGGGCGGGGCGACGCCUGCUUCGUCUUCGCCAACAACCACGAGGACGGCUCGGGCAUCGUGGGCCUCAUCGGCAUCCUGGCGGUGCUCCAGAAGGAUGUCAUCGAGCUCUCGAAGGUGAACGAGGAUCGGAAGCACGGGAUCAUCGGCAGGAUGAUCUGGCACUACGUGCACAACACCCCCGUGCACCUUUGGGGCGAGGGGCCCCUGUUGGGCUACUGA